UAUAAUUAAUAGUACACUUUCAGAUUUUAAUUUGGAGAAUUGUUUGAAUUUUCAGAGCUGUAAUGAAUAAGUUACCUUUAUCUACAGUAGAACUUAUUACAAGCACUCAGGUUAUAAUCAGUUUGGUGUCUGUUGUAAAAGAACUUGUUGAAAACUCACUUGAUUCUGGCUGUGACAGCAUAGAUGUUAGAUUGGAUGAAAAUGGUCUAUCUAAGAUUGAAGUGCAAGAUAAUGGUACUGGUAUUGCUUUAGAAGAUAUUCAAUAUGUUUGCAAACAGCAUUACACAAGCAAAAUUAGAAAUGAAUUAGAUUUGCUUAACUUAACGCAAUAUGGUUUUCGUGGUGAAGCUCUUUUUUCAAUAUGUUCAGUUGGUGAUGUUUUUAUAACAACUAAAACAAAAGCAGAUCAGGUUUCAAAAAAAUAUAGUUUUUCAAAGUAUGGUGAAAUUAUUAGUUCUGAAAUAACUCAUCAUAAUGUAGGAACUAUAGUCACUGUAUUAAAUUUGUUCAAAGCAUUGCCUGUUCGCAGAAAAUUAUAUGAGAACAAUCGUAAAGUUAGAGAAGAAGUUAAGUGUAUUGAAGAGUUACUAAUAUCUUACGGCAUAGCGAUGCCCAAACUGCGCAUUACUCUUAAGUAUGACAAAAAUAUAAUAUGGAGGAAAGAUCGUGCUGCUAAUUGUUCAUUAGUUUUGUCUGCAUUAUUUGGUUCUAAUGUUUUAAAUAAUCUAAAGGAGAUAGAAUAUAAAGAUGAAGAAUUACAAGUAAAAGCUUAUAUACCUAAAGUUGGUUCUGCUUCAAAUGUGGUUGGUAGAACUCUUGCAGAUAGAAUGUUUAUAAUUGUAAAUAAAAGACCUGUUAGAUCAAAAGAAAUCAAGUCUCUAUUAAAAACUUCUUACAACAAUAAUUGUUGCCAAGGAAAAUAUCCUUUCUCAGUUCUUAUGAUAGAAGUAAAACCAGACCAAAUUGAUGUAAAUCUUCAUCCAAACAAAAUGGAUAUCCUUUUACAAAAUACUGAUAUUUUAUUAGAGAAAUUAAACAAAUUACUUGCUUCUGUUUAUUCACAAAGUAUUACAAGAAACAUCACACCAGAAGAUAAUUUAGUUGUAAAUUGUGAAGAGUCUUCUAUGGAAUUUGCUAAUUUGACGCAUCUUAACACUGAGUCAUCAUUGAACAGUUUACCAUCGGUUUUUUAUGAUAGUUCUAACAAUCCAGUAAAAUUAACUUGUCUGCAAAACAAAAAAACUAAAACCCAAGUUAGAGAAUCAUUACAUUUAAAUGAUAUCAUUUCGGCAAAUAGUACAAUUGAUGCUAACAGUAAUAAAUUAAAUGAAGAAAAAAUACUUAUAGAAGACAAUAUUUUAAAUUUUGAUGAUAAAAAUGAUUUUUUUUUUGACGUUGAGUUUUGCAAAAACACUUGUCAGCAAAAUAAUGACAUAGUUGACAAUCCCAAUCAAAUUACCGUGGAUCAUAUGCAUAGAAUGUUGAAUAAAAAUUCUCGACAAGCAACUUUAGAUCUAUGGAAAGGAGAUGAACCUUUAGGGGAACCAGCCAGUGUGUUGAAACCAAAAUUAUUACAGCAACAUAACAACACAACACAACAUAAAGUUCAUAACAAGAAUGAUAAAAAAGAACAUAUAAAGGAUUCUUCAGUUUCUGCUUCAAACUCACUAUCUCAAAAAACACUUCCUACCAUGUCAAAAAAGCAAAAAGAAAACAUUAAAGAAGUUUCAUCAAAUAAAAUAUUGAAGCGUGAUCGUAAAAUUGUAAAUUUUUCAUUUGAAGAUAUAAGUUUUAAAAGACCAUCUGAAACUGAUAAAAAACUUGAGGCUGACCAACAAAUAAACAUUAUUGGUAAUUUACCUAAUACUUGCUUGUGGGUUGUUCUAUGGAAAAAUGAAUUGUUUUGCGUUGACAAAAUCAGGUCAUCAGAAAUGUUGUUAUAUAAAAAGAUGUAUGAAACUCACCAACUCACACAAAAUAAACUGAUUCAUCCUAUAAAGCUCAAUUUUGAGUUUCUUGGUGAAAAUUUGUUUCAAAAACUUUCUCACAUUGAAACAGAUGCUGUGAGUGGCUGUUUGGGAAGGACCAUUGCCAAUCUUUUAAAUAAUGGGUUUUCUUUGCGUUAUGUCAAAAAAUCAAAUUCAAAGGAAGAUUAUUUUGAAUGUACUCAUAUGAAUGAUGUGAUUCCUGGCUAUGGAAUUGAUGAUCUACUUCAAAUACUUGAAUAUGUUGACAUAUUUUCUGACAAGGCAACUUCAGUUAUACGAACAGAAAGAGCUUGUUCAUGGUUUAAGAAUGAAGCAACUCGACUUUCGCAAAUUUCAACCGUGUGUUCUCGUGAAGAAUUUGAGAUGCAUUUUAAUCAGUGGAUUUUAAUUGAAGAUAUUUCAUGGCAGGACAGACUAUGUUUUCAUGGAAGACCAAUAGUAAUGUAUAUAAAUAAGAUUACAGAAAGUAGUCAUUCUUAGAAAUGUUCAUAACAUUUUAUGGAUAACCUCUCAAAAGUGUUUUUUUUUUUCUUUUUUUUUUUUGAGUGAGGCUAGUUUAAAAGUGAAUUUAUGAAAUUAAACGGCAAAAACUUUGUUCAAAAGUCGCCAUUUUUUUGUAAUAUAAAUUUUGAUUUAUGAAAAAUAAAAACCAAUGGUCA